CGCACAACUAAUACAAACAGUUUUUGUAGUUUUUGAAAAAAUUCAAUACAAAUUAAAUUUUGUAAAAAAUAAAAGUGAAAACACGAAAAAGUCUCAUUUCAAAAACAUUUUUCGCUAUUGAAUUCUUGACAGAGGUCAUGAACGGUCACAAUUUCUAAACACAAUCCAACAAACUACCAAACCAACCGAUACUUAAGAUAAAUGUACAAAAAGUGUUGUUGAAUUAAGUUCAUAAUAAUCAAAAAAAAAAAAAUUAAUUUAAAACAAAACAAAAAUUCAUUCACUUUUAAUCAGGUUUGGAAUUUACGAAAUGCCUGGACGCAUGGAUACUGAUGAAAAUGAUUGUGUGAUGCCAGUUCGAUCUGCUAAUCCGAUACGCGCAAAAAGUUUGAUACGCGACAAUUUGGAGAAACAAGCCUUAAUAAAUUCAUUACACUCCAGAAUGCCAAACAUUAAAGUGUUUUCGGGUACAUCGCAUCCGGAUUUGGCCCAAAGAAUUGUCGACCGUUUGGGUAUCGAUUUGGGCAAAGUCGUAACGAAAAAAUUCAGUAAUUUGGAAACAUGUGUUGAAAUCGGUGAAUCUGUACGUGGCGAAGAUGUCUAUAUUGUACAAUCUGGUUCCGGUGAGAUUAACGAUAAUUUAAUGGAGUUGCUGAUUAUGAUCAAUGCAUGCAAGAUUGCCUCAGCAUCUCGUGUUACAGCUGUGAUUCCUUGUUUCCCAUAUGCCCGCCAAGAUAAAAAAGAUAAGCUGGCUGGCUCAGAUGAUGGCGGUGAAAAGCGUUUAAAAAACUUCGAUUGGAAAUUUAGGAGUCGUGCUCCCAUUUCGGCGAAAUUGGUUGCAAAUAUGCUAUCAGUGGCCGGUGCAGAUCACAUUAUAACCAUGGACUUACAUGCAUCACAAAUUCAGGGUUUCUUUGAUAUCCCCGUGGACAAUCUAUAUGCUGAACCAGCCGUUUUGAAAUGGAUUAAAGAAAACAUUCCAGAAUGGAAGAAUUCUAUUAUUGUCUCACCAGAUGCUGGUGGUGCUAAGCGUGUUACGUCCAUUGCUGAUCGUCUCAAUGUCGAGUUUGCUUUAAUUCACAAGGAGCGUAAGAAGGCCAACGAAGUGGCCUCUAUGGUGCUUGUUGGUGAUGUUAAGGAUAAAAUUGCCAUAUUGGUAGAUGAUAUGGCUGAUACUUGUGGUACAAUUGUGCAUGCUGCCGAUCGUUUAGUUGAAGCAGGUGCUACUAAGGUCUAUGCCAUUUUAACACAUGGCAUCUUUUCGGGACCAGCAAUUUCACGCAUUAAUAAUGCUUGUUUCGAGGCUGUGGUUGUAACAAAUACCAUACCUCAAGAUGGUCACAUGAGAGACUGUCCCAAAAUCCAGUGCAUUGAUGUAUCUAUGAUGUUUGCCGAGGCUGUGCGAAGAACUCACAAUGGCGAAAGUGUUUCUUAUCUUUUCUCAAAUGUUCCAUAUUAAGAACUACUUUAAACAAUAUAUUUUUUUUUAAUUUUUUAAAUAUAUUUUUAUAAUUUUAAUUCAAAUACUUUAAACAAUAAUAACAACAUUUUUUUCUUUCCUAACAAAUACUACCAAUCAACCACUACUUUAAUUAAUUAAUUUUGUUUAAACUAAUUUUUUUUUGCCAUUGUUAAUAACUUUUUUUUGAAAAAAUAUUUUUUAUUUAUAAAAAGUAUUUUUUCAUAAUUUCGUUUUGUAAUGAAUACUUCAUUUUGUUUUUCCUUUUUCUAUACAUAAUAAAAUAAGACCAUGUUAAAAUUUCUUUGCCAUUAAAAAAUACUGUUUUUAAAAAACUCUUUAAAUUUAAUUUAGUCAAAAUAAUUAUAUUUACCACCACCAUAACUAUACAUAAUUAUAUACCACUUACACACCAUAAACUCAAACAUACAAAUAAAGAAAGUUGUACUCCUUUUUUUCUAAAAAAAA